AUGGCGCUCGCACAGCUGGGCACUCAAGUGCGCCCGUACAGAGACUACCUGACACCAGCUCUCCACCGCAGAUUCAACAGGGCGAGCAAAUACACCUUGUUGCUCUGCUACGCGAUCGCGUGUUGGAUGGGCGAAUGGGCUAACCCUCUGUGGUCAUUUUUCCCGUUAGGACUCACAGGCAUCCGAACGCUCCUGCUAUUCCUCUCCGCGCUUUCCGUCUACGUUCUUCGCGUUUCCCAAUGGCACGUCGGCCCCCGCCAGACGCAUACCCAGGCCCAGACCUUCACAAAGUACUUCUUCCGCCUGUCCACUAUCGUUACUCUGAUCGCCUAUGCCUUUUCCGCUAUGAUGUUUGUCGAAACAUAUAUCUGGUCAAGGGGCCCCAAGGACAGGCUCGCGUUCAUCGAGGCUGGGCGCAUGCACGAGCGGUUCAGGCUGAACGAGAGACCGCUCUAUCUGCGCUACUCUUUCUACCUCCUCGCAGCUGCGCAGUCCGGUGUUCACCUGUGGAGGGACUACGACAGGAUUGAUGUGCCGGCAAUGAAGCCCAAGAAGGAUCGUGGCGACGCUUCACCAGCACGACGAGCACCCAAGCCUAGACAUGUCCUCAUCAAGGAAUUCAAAGGCAUGGCAACCAAGUCAACCUCGCUGGCUGCGAUCAUCGCUUUUGUUGGAUUUCUUUUCUACUUCUCAAUCACGCGCAACCUGGUCUGGAGUUAUUACUACAGCCUCGGUCGCUAUCUUUGGAGCCUUUCCAAGACCUCCACUCCCACCGGCCUGGCUCCUUUCUUGCCCCUGUGUCUCAUGUUCAUUACCGAGGGAACGCUUCUGGUCCUACUGUGGGAGUUUGUCAACAAGACUUUUGACGUAUACAUUGCCCAGGAGCCGCUGAAGAAUGACAAUCCCAUUACGAACGAUUCAAAAGACCCGAAUGGCUCACUACUGAACGGGCUCAAGUCAAAGAAGGACACUGUCAAGGCCAUCGCUUUCUGGGAGCUUGCUCUCAUUACAGACGCUUUCCCCGACCGCCGUAAGACGUUAUACAGUGAGAUGGAUCGCAAAAAGGCGCCCACCCACGAGCAAGUUACAGACUUGUGUCUUGGAGAAUUGAAGUUCCUCACCGAACGCUUAAACGUUGGUCUUGAUCCUGCUUAUAACCCGGUCGUUGGAGACGGCAAGGAGCAGUCGGCGGCACCUGUCAACCUGGUACCACGGAUCUCGCAGCCGCUCAAGGACGAUAAAGCGAUUGCAGCACCGCCACCAAAGCCAAAUUCUAGAUUGGAGCAUUUCGAAUCAGCAACAGCGGAUCUCGCAAAAUCUCACAGCGCUCCUGGUAACGCCCAAAAAGCGUACAGCCGCGAAGCUAUCAACAAGGGGCUGAGCAAGGCGCAAGAAGGUGCCAAAGAGGCAGAGUCGCUCUUCACAACGUACUAUAACAAGUUUGUGUCGUCCUCGGUUGGUGCCCUUUUCAGACAAUCCGUUCAACGUACAGCAAGCAUUGUCGUUCUUGGGGCGCCAUACUCUCGUAUUUCGUUGAUUUGCAACGCCGUUACUUCCCUUGCGAAUCUGGCCGUGUCCUCUCUCAGCGAAGAUUCUCUCGGCCGUUUCCACGAAGGUAUUCCGGCCGUGGUACGCGUGCUUACCACAGCACUUAACAAGAUCGACGAAUACAUGGAGACAGUUCCGAUACACCCAAGCGAUAUCGAAACACUUGCCAAACCAGAAUCAGAGAGGAGAAAGGUACCUGAGGUUGAUGAGGUCAGGGAAUGUCUUCGGGAAGGAUUGGAGCGGAUCCUCGGUAGUUUCAACGAGUAUCUGAGUAGUAUGGGACUUAGUAGACUGGAGAUUAUGGAGGCGAAAAAGGCAGCCAGUGCCAAGAAAGCACCUGAGAUGAUUCAGGCUGUGGGAAGAUGA